UCGUCACCAAUCCAGGCCCCUCUCCUGUCCCGAGAGGCAUUGAGACGAUGAGAUGUGUUCGCUCCUGCUUCCACCAUGGCGGCCGCUGCCUUCGGCCGCCUCUCCUUCCCUCCGCUCCACUCGUCGCCGUCUUCAAAGGCUCCACCCCCCGCCGUCCUCCUCAGCUCUCCAGACGCCGCGGCGGCGCGCCGCUGCCUUGCCCCGUCUAAGAGCCACCGCUCCGUAUGCCGACGACGCGGCGGAUCUCAUGGUUGUGUGCGCCGAGGCCGGGGACUUCGCGGAGGCGCGGUCCAUCUGGACGCAGCUCCUGCACAGCUCCGCCGCGCCGUGCCUCCCGCCCGCGGCGCCGCGCCUCCUCCCGGCGUACGCGCGCCUCGGGCGCUUCGACGAGGUCCUGCUCGCCGUGCGGGAGCUCUCCGCACGGGAUCCCGCUGCGGCGCGUGCCCUCUACCCGCUCGCCGUCUCCUGCUUCGGCGCCGCGGGCGAGCUCGCGCGCAUGGAGACCGCCAUGCUAGAAAUGGGCCGCCUUGGCCUCCGCGUCGACUCCGCCACCGGCGACGCCUUCGUCCGGGCAUACGCGGCCUCCGGCACCAUCCCGCAGAUGGAGGCGGCCUACCGCCGGCUCAAGAAGACCGGGCUGCUCAUCUCCCGGGGCGCUAUACGCGCCGUGGCGUCCGCGUACAUCUCCCAGCAGAAGUACUACAAGCUCGGCGCGUUCGUGAGCGACGUCGGCCUCGGCCGUCGCGACGCCGGGAACCUGCUCUGGAACCUCUACCUCCUCUCCUUCGCGGCCAACUUCAAGAUGAAGUCUCUGCAGCGCGCGUUCCUGGAGAUGGUGGCCGCCGGGUUCCGGCCCGACCUCACCACCUUCAACAUCCGCGCCGCGGCAUUCUCCAAGAUGUGCAUGUUCUGGGACCUCCACCUCAGCGCCGACCACAUGCGCCGCGACGGCGUCGCGCCGGACCUCGUCACGCACGGCUGCUUCGUGGACGCGUACCUGGAGCGCCGGCUCGCGCGGAACCUCACGUUCGCGUUCGACAGGCUGGACGGCGGCGCCGAGCCCGUCGUGGCCACAGACGGCAUCGUGUUCAAGGCUUUCGGCAAGGGCGGCUUCCACGCCAGCUCUGAGGCGUUGCUGGAGGCGGCCGGCGGGAAGCGGCGGUGGACGUACUACAAGUUGCUCGGCGUCUACCUCAGGAAGCAGUACAGGAUAAACCAAGUCUUCUGGAACUACUGAUACUAAUCAGUUCAGUAGCACUAAUCUUAGUCAGUGUUGGAACGUACAUUGUACAGUGAUUAAAAUGUGCUUGUAAAGGGGUGCUUGCAAGCAAAUUCAGGUAUGCUGAUCAUAUACCAAGACUAAUUCUCAUUCUCUCAAGAAAAUUGUUUACAUUCACAUGAGCA